GUGCUAUCAGCAGAAGGGCGGAGAUGCAACGGCGAAAAAAGGCGUAAGGCCAUCAUAGAAAAAGAAGCAAUGUUUGUGAUAGGGCGUGCGUACUACAUGUUCCAAAUCCGGUGGGAUGACCAUCAUGGAGAUCGCCUUCAACCCGAAAACCUUCGAUCUACAGGGCGUGCUCGUACAAGACAUCACAAUAAGCCUCCGCUGUCGAUUGCCUCGGAUUAUGGCUUGACUUUUCAUACAAUAUAUACCUAGCCAUACACUUCGGCAAAGGAGAUGUGACAUUUACACAUAGUCAUCACUGAGCCAGCAGUAAAAUAAUACUUCGAUAUGCUCGUCGCUCAGCCAGCUGGCGCUGUACUUCGGUCCGAAUAUUCCUUCAAUGCGCACAUCUCCUCUCCGACAGCUGUUCAAGUACGACCAAGAUCAGACAGACCGAUCAAGCACACGUUCACAACAAGACCGGCGACAAUCAAUGACGCUCCAGCUAUCGCCAGUCUAGGCUCAAGAGUCUUCUCAACGACAUUCGGUUUCUCAAUACCACCAUGUGAUCUCAAAGCUUACCUGGACGAGGCGUACAGUACAGAUGCAGUCGAGAACGACGUUCGCAGUGCCUCGACACAAUUAAUCGUCGCGUGUGCCGGCCCAGACGACCGAGUCAUCGGCUUUGCGCAAUUGACUGAAUUCACGAGUGAACCAUGUAUCGAAGACUUGGAGAGUAUCAUUGAGUUGCAGCGAUUAUAUGUUGACCCGGACUUCCAUGGCUCCGGCAUAGGAAAGACCUUGACCAAGGAAGUCGAAGCCAUAGCUCGAGGUCAAGGGUAUCGGAUCAUGUGGUUAGGCGUGUGGGAGGGUAAUUUCAAAGCUCAACGCGUGUACGAAGCCAUGGGGUUCACCAGGGUUGGCGAACACGAGUUCAAGAUGGGCCGGUGUAUCCAAACUGACUGGAUCAUGAUCAAAGACUUAUGAGGAAUGCUGCGUUUGGCUUGGUUUGAAUACUGGCGCACGGGGGGUUUGGGUUGGGAGGGAAAUGUGACCUUUGAUAUGAAACCCGUGUGAUUCAUGGACGAGAACGAAACGGGCGAUUAACGACAGGUCUGUUUAGUCCGUCUGGGACUCCGUUGUGCAACCAUGGAUAGACUCUCAAAAUGAGAAUCUGAUGGCUGAAACCACUUCUGAGCAAUGAAGUUGUGCUGCGAAUGUGAGCUGCCAAGCUGAAGUCCUUGAUAGAAGAAAGAGAAUUGUUUGUGAGAAUCGAAACUUUGAAAACCAGGAGAGCAUGAGUCAUAGGGAUAAGUGCUUGGCGUGAUCAUGAG